AUGUCUUUGCAGCAACGACACAAGCCAAAGCCAAAGCAAAAAAAGAGAAGUACACCAGUAGAGUUAAUGCUAAUUGGGAAAGGAAUGAAAAAGUACGGAAGAGAUUUAAAAGCCGUGAAGUCUUUAUACAAAGCAAGUGAUUCUCGGCAUGUACAAGAAGCUUCGACUGUUGCAUCCACCAGUAAAGCAGUUAAGACUAGCGCCGAGCAAGAAUUUCAUAGUAGUGAAAGUGAGUUUGAUAUCGAUAGUGACAGCGAUUGGAAAGCCACCGAGAACGAUAUAUUUAAAAAAGAUACGCGGUAUACAAACAUCCAAGGCUCUCAAUCCAGAGAGGAAAUUUUGAGUGCUGUCAAGAAUGGUGAUGAUGCAAAAGACCAAGCUGAUGCGAAAUCGAAGAGGAAGAAAAGCCAAAGGGGGAAACAGACAGCUAAAUCGAAAAUGUCAAGUAUUUUAGAGUCCCUUCCUGCCCUCAUACAGAAUGCAAACUCGGCAGCCAAAAGACAGCCAAAGACCAUAGCAAGGCCGUGAAGACAUGGAUGCAAAUAGAUAGUUCAGACUCAGAUUAACCAUGCAUUUAUUUCAUGUGCUCUCAA